AUGGCAGACCAACACUUGAUGGUGGCCAAGAUCGUGGCCAUAGUGGUGCUGCUGCUGGUGACCCUGAUCUUCUGCUUCAUCCCCUACCUCCUGGAUCGCUUCUACAAGUGGACGCAGCGACCGGAGAGCAAUGCCCGCGAGUUCAAGGUGGUGCUGUGCCUGCUCAACUUCGGCGGCGGAGUGUUGAUAGCCACCACCUUCAUCCACAUGCUGCCCGAGGUGGUGGAGGUGGUGAGUGCCCUGCAGGACUGCCGGAUGCUGGUGCCCACUCCGUUCGGCCUGCCGGAGGUGCUGCUCUGCACCGGCUUCUACCUGAUGUACUGCAUCGAGGAGACAAUGCACUUCGUGGUGCGUCGGCGGCAGCAGAGGAAGCUCCGGGAGGUGGUCGUAGUGGUGGAGGACAAGGCGAUGAAUGCCCAAGCGGAGGAGGUCGUGAUCCAGCCCGCGGAGGCGCCCAAGGAGCCCAACUGGCUGCGUGGCCUGGGCAUCAUCGUGGCCCUCUCGCUGCACGAGCUCUUCGGCGGAAUGGCCAUCGGACUGGAGAUGAGUGUGAGCACGGUGUGGUUCAUGACCGGCGCCAUAGCCGUCCACAAACUGGUGCUGGCCUUCUGCAUCGGCAUGGAGAUCAUGAUGGCCCACACCCGCUGGCUGCUGGCCGUGGUCUACCUGCUGGUCUUCUCGGUGGUUACCCCCAUUGGCGUGGGCAUCGGGAUCGCGGUCAGCGAGUCCUCCGCCGCCAACCAGCCGAGCACCGUCUCUGGAAUCCUGCAGGGGCUGGCGUGCGGCACUCUGAUCUACGUGGUCUUCUUCGAAAUUGUGGCCAAGAACCACGCCGGACUGCGGGUUCUGCUCUCGUCCGUGGUGGGAUUCGUCCUGAUGUUUGGCCUGCAAAUAGCAAUUGGGGAGGCCAAAGGCAAGAGCCACUUCACGUGCCCCUAAGGAAUGCUCAAAUAUUCAAGAAGCUAGUUUAUUUUAUUCGCGUAAAAAACUUAGCAUGAAAUCGUGAUGUGAUGAAACGCAAAAACAAAACUGUGUAGUAAAA